AUGACCUCGACCUCUGCUAGUCAGCAACCUUCUGGUUCAUCGGCUGCUGCACCGAUCUAUACCACCACAGUACCGCUAGCCAAACCUCCAGAUCCUCUUAAUCUCGAAGACAGGUCACGUAGAGGCGAUAACUGGUUACACUUUAAGAGAGCAUGGCAAAUCUAUGAACGGGCGGCUGGGAUAAGUCAAAAGGACGGCCCAGUCCGUGUUGCUCAUUUUCUUAACAUCGUUGGAAGAGAAGGAGUCCAAUUGUUUGACACCUUUACCUUCGCUGAAGACGAAAGCGCUGACAAUAUUGAUGACGUCCUGGCUAAAUUUGAAUCUCGUUGUUUGCCGCAGCGAAAUCAGACGUAUGAACGGUACCUCUUCAACAAGAGAGAGCAAGAACCAGGAGAAAGUGUCGAUCAAUAUUGCACAGCACUGAUGCGCCUUUCUGAACACUGUGGGUUCCUAACCCUAAGAGACAGUUUGAUAAGAGACCGCCUCAUCCUUGGAGUCAAGAAUGAUCGGUCACGCAAGAAA